AUGGAGGAUGAUUACGCGCAUCCUUAUGAGGACUCCAUCGAGAAGUUUACCACCUAUGAAGACUACCUAGACAGCCAAAUCACACCUCAGGACCGUUUUUACCUAGAGGAAGACGAGCUCGCUCGACAGCUCGUUGAGAUAGGAUGCAGGAAAGGGGAGGUGUUGACCAGGGAGGACUUCGCUGCAAGGCGGGAGGCGGCUGAGAACGCCAAGAAGGCGCGUCUGCAGAGCGCGCCGAAGGUCCUGGCAAGUGCGCAGAAAAAGCUGACGGACUUCCCAGUUCUUCGACACCUUGCAUGUCGAGAGGAAUUGGUGCGCAGCGGCAAGCUCAGCACCAUCAUCUUCAUCCGCGAUAAAAAUCAUCGUGGACAGGAGAUCUCUGGAUACAUAGACUACGGCCACCGUCUCAAGACUGAGAACUUCGAGCCGUACUUCGAGCGGAAGAAGCGGCUCCUGCCGAAGUCGUCUGACUUGUCCUUCUACAACUGGGACACGCAGCACUCGACCUCGAACGAGAGUCCCAACUUCCAGAUCCUGCCGGACCACGAGCAGGGCCUGCUCUUCAAGAACAAGCGCGACCGCAAGGUGCUCAGCGUCGACCCCAGGUCCGAGCCUGGCGACAACUCCAAGCGCCUGGAGGUGCCGACCACCGAGUACAUCCAAGUGGUGAUCUUUGAUCAUAUGACGCGUAAGAAAAGCUGA